AUGACCACAGCCAAGGAAACGCUAUCACUAAGCGAGGGAUGGAAGUAUAGGGUGGAAAACGAUGUUUCUGUGCACGAUUGGCAAAAUGCCCAGCCAUUGCCCACGUCAGUGCAUCUAGAUCUGAUCGCCAACCACACCAUUCCGGAUCCAUUCCAAGCUAAGAACGAAGAGCUAGUACAAUCGGUUGCUAGCAAGAGUUGGGUCUACGAGAAGAAAUUUCCUAUUCCCUUACUGGCGCAAAACAAUGGCAGCCGGAAUUUCGUCCUGGUAUUUGAGGGCCUGGAUACGUACACGACCGUGACGCUGGACGGCAAGACGAUCCUGGAGACCGAUAACAUGUUUCUCAGUCAUCGUGUCGACAUCACAGAACAUGUUCGUUCCAAACAGACCACAGCGGAUGCAAUGCAUACCCUACAGAUUACCUUCCAUAAUGUCGAGAAGAAAGCAGCGCAGGAAAUGGCAAAGCAUCCUGAGUGUAGCUGGUUUAGUUUCCAUUUUGGAAACAGUCGACUAGCAGUCAGAAAGGCUCAGUACCAUUUUGGAUGGGAUUGGGGCCCAGUAUUGACAGACUGUGGACCCUGGAAGCCAAUCUAUCUCGAAACAUACGAGACACGCGUCAAAGAUCUCUCGGUUCGAACCCAUCUCGCCCCUGGUCACCAGCAAGCAGUUUGCUCUGUAUCGGUUGAAUUCGAAGGAAAAGCAGAUUUUGCAAGAAUAGACCUUGAGAUAGGCGGCACGAGAGUUGAAUCGCGCGUCAUUACCCUUAAAAGUCAACAGACUACAACGGCCAUACAGAUACAAAACCCGAAGCUCUGGUGGCCAUGGACACUUGGCGAUCAGAACCUCUAUACUGUAAAGGCUACGUUGGUCAACGUAGUCAACCGCGAGGAUGAGCUUGAGCUGGAUUUUCUUCAGAAAAGAUUCGGUAUUCGCAAGAUCGAGCUAGUCCAGCAGCCAUUGCAGGGCAAGGAGGGCACUAGCUUUUUCUUCCGGGUCAACGAUGUGCCUAUUUUCGCCGCAGGGUCGUGCUGGAUCCCGAUGGACUCCUUUGCGUCACGAGCGACACCAGAAAAAUACCGCUCCUGGAUACAAUUGGCCAAAGACACCAACCAAGUGAUGAUACGCAUUUGGGGUGGCGGAAUUUACGAGCAUAAUGCUUUUUUCGACGCAUGUGAUGAACUGGGUGUCCUGGUCUGGCACGAUUUCAUGUUCGCAUGCGGCAUAUACCCGGCCUAUUCCUCAUUCGAAGAGAGCGUCAUUGCCGAGGUUCGUCAAAAUGUGUCACGCCUGCGACAUCAUCCUUCAAUUGCCGUCUGGUGCGGAAACAAUGAGGAUUACGCAAUUGCGCAUCUGGCCCAAAUACACGCAGGCAAGGGCGAAUAUGACCCUGCGGAAAUGGACCCUGAAAAGAUCAGGAAGUCUGGAUUUCCAGCCCGUCUUUUCUAUGAGGUUCGGCUGCCUGAGGUUUGCAAAGAGUUGAUACCGGACAUCCCCUACUGGCCGGGCUCUCCCUUUGGAGGAUCAUUCUGCAACGAUGCGACAGUUGGUGACAUCCACCAGUGGCACGUUUGGCAUCUCGACAAGUUUCCAUACCAAGAUUAUCCAAAGCUCGGCGGUCGUAUGGUUACUGAAUUCGGGUUACAGUCUGUUCCACAUUGGAAGACGGUUAAGCAGUAUUUUCCGGCUGAUCAGCGCUUCUGUCUGGAUGACAGGCUGGACUGUACGACGAAUGAGUACAUGCUAGCGCACAAUAAAGGCAAAGCGGGAGCGGAAAACAUUGCAAAAUACGGUACUGAUAACAUUCCAUUCGAUGACCAGUCUCUCCGAGGCUACAUGUACUGCUCGCAGCUUAUCCAAGCUGAGGGGCUAUCAACCGCGUUCCGAGGCUGGAGACGUCUCUGGCAAGGCCCUGGUCGGGAGUACUGCGCCGGUGCCUUGGUUUGGCAGCUAAAUGACUGCUGGCCGGUGACAUCUUGGUCCAUUGCUGACUAUGAGUUACGCCCCAAAUUGGCAUACUGGACUGUCAAGCGAGAAAACCAGCCUAUCACUGCCGGCAUUGCUCGUGUGUCCGAUGGAGACUCACUAAUUCUGGAGACGUGGGCCUGCAACAUGACCAUGCAGACAGUGUCCAUAACCUAUGAGAUCCAGGCCUGGCAUGUCAAAACUGGCCAAAAGGUCUGGGCCCAGAAAGCUUUGUCAGCGACAAAGCUGGACUCGAACCGAAGCACGGAGCUGGGAAAGAUUGAAUUUCGACACAGGCUAGGAGAUAAGAAGCAGUUCGAGUGGAAUGAAUUGGCCUUUUCAAUUCACAUGAGUUCAGACUUGGAAACAUCCAGAAUAACGCGUUAUGUCAACUUCCACGAGCCCUUAAAGGAAGUCCCUUUCUCUGACCAGGAAGAGAAUAUCAAGACGCAGCUUGUCCAACAGGAAUCGAAGUUCGUCAUUGAGAUAACUGCAUCGGUUCCCAUGAAAGGGAUUUACCUUGAUUUUGAGGGCGAAGGCCAGGUUGACUGGGAGGAUAAUGGCGUGGAUACUGUCCCAGGGGAAACUCUACAGCUAGGCAUCGCCGGAAUUGGAGAUGAAAAAGAUAGAAAGUUGAGAGUUCACUGGCUGGGAGAAACUGGAUGGAGGAGUAAAGUUGUCAUUCUAUGA